ACUUCCAUUGAAGGAGAAGAGCUUCAUCAAGUGUUACCAUUUUCCCAAGACAUAACCUUCAGAGACAUGACCCACCAAGUGGUAAGGCCCCUAAGACAGUGGCCAUGGUUCCACCACCACCGCACUUGUGUCACCCUUCCUCUCCUCCUCCACCACCACCACCACCACCACCGCCACCACAACCACCUUCUUUCUCCUCCAUCACCUCACCCCAGUACAUCUAAAACAUCGCCAAUCUCUCACCGCUUUUCGUUUGCCACGCUCGCUUCUUCUCGUCCUAAACUUCGAACACCCAACUCUCCUCUACCAACCACCUCUGACACGGAUCUAGAGGCCAAGAAGAGCCGGAACGAACUGAAGCGAGAAGCCAAGCGCGCUGUCAAGUGGGGAAUGGACUUGGCUUCCUUCUCCGCUCCACAAAUCAAACGCAUCCUUAGGGUCGCUUCCUUGGACCAAGUUGUGUUCGAAGCUGUUAUGCUCGUUAAGUUUAUUGUUGAAGAGAAAGUGUUUGUUGUUUUGCCUCAGAGACUGGGACCUGAUGUCCGGGAAGGAAGGCGGAGGCAGUUUAACUAUAUCGGGAAAUUGCUACGGGAUGUGGAUCCUGAGUUAAUGGAUCGAUUAAUUAAAGCUACGAAAGAUUCAGAUCACAAAGAGUUGCAAGCUUUAACUGGCUUAGGGUCUGAUGACCCUGAAGAUGAUGAUGAAGAUGACUCGGUUGAAUCUGAAUCAGAGGAGGACCAGGAGGAAUCCAAUUGGCACGAUGGUCAGGUGACAAGGUGGUUUGAUGGUUUGAUCAGCAAGGACAUUGAAAUCUCCAAUGAAAUUUAUUCAGUCCAAGGAGUUGAAUUUGAUCGCCAGGAGUUGCGAAAGCUUGUACGUAGAGUGCACAUUACUCAAGAGACGAAGGCUGAUAAUGAAGAAGAGGAGAAAAAAAUAGAAACAGCAACACUAGGUGCUAAGAAGGCUCUUAUUCGUUUCCUUCGUGGCCUUACAAAGAGAAUCCAUUAUGAAUACUAAUACGUCAAUUGAUCUUAGCUUUAAGAAUUUACAAAGAAUUACAUUGCCUUGGUGCGGAAAAUCUUAUAUUCUUUUUUUAAGUUCACUACCACAUGAUAUUUUGAACUCUUUUCCGUAAAUUAUUACUUUUAUUGUCCAAAUGAAAUUGUUUACGGCUCAAA